CUUUUCAGUUUUCACUACCGUCAAAGACAAAAACCCUCUCUCUCUCUCACUCUCUCUCAAAACCCAAAACCCUAACCUUUUUCUCUCUCUCUGUUCUUCAAUGGCUGACUCAGUGGUUUCAGUGGAGAAGGUCAAAGCUUUCUUGCAAUCUCAGUACCAGGAUGAGGAAAAGUGGGCCCUCAACGUGAAAUUGCUGCGUGCUGUUGGGCUUUUUGCAGGAUCGAUUUUGCUGAUGCGGAAUUAUGGUGAAAUUAUGGCAAUAUGAAUGUGAAUGUAGGGUGUACUGAGUUCACUGCUGAGCUAUGACGUUGUAGGCUCUUUAUUAGUAGUUAUUUUUGAGAUGAAUGGAGUAUAUCUGUUUCUUCAAUUAGUUAAACAAUAAGCUCUCAUGUUUUGCUUUCAUUUUGGCUGAUGUUCAUUUGUUUUAUUACAUACUUCUAGCACAUGGUUCAAUCUAGUGCUUUGAAGAUGAUCAGAUGAUUGAAAUCGAUUACACUUUCAUGGAUGACCGAUCUUGUGCUAUAUAUAUGUCUCAGAGUGCUCUGUA